UUCAUGUAAAAAUAUCGCAUUAACAUUGUACUAAAUUAUUGUCAUGUUCAGUACAAAUGACCAAGCGAUCAUCACGAGUUAUGUUGCCACGCGUUAAAUGAUCAUGUAUGUAUGAUUUAGUUUUACAGCGUCAUCAGAUCUCAUGCUCUAUAUUGAUACAAAUUUUGAUAUUUAGAUUAUUAUAGCCAAUUUUUAUGAAAUUCAAAAGCUUCUAAACAUAGAGCUCAGGGCACAUGCUCCGUUUGCUCAACACUAACGGGACUAACGACUAUACUAUUGCCAAGGAUCUCACACAAGUGAAGAAAUACUGAUAAAUGAUGAUAACUUUCAGUGGAUGACUUACAAUAAAAAUAAUAUGUAUAUCCUAAGAAGUGAUAAUAUGAUUAGAAAUAUAUUAUGCAAAAUAGAUACGCAAGCGCACCAGUUAAUGAAAUUUCAAGGUGAUUUUAAAUUAGUUAUGGCAUUGUUAUCUACUUAAAAGAAAUGUCGCAAGCUUUUAAAAACAGCUAUACAUCACUAUUGAUUUCGAUGUUUCGAUGAGUAGCUGCGUAGGUAUAAAAAUGUAAUGAAGUUCAGUUAUUAUGUUUUAGUGAAAAAAGUGAAAGCGCGCGAUGUUUCACGAACUUGAAAUUCAGAAUAAUAGGUUAUGUACCGAGAAAAAUACCGCCAUAAUUGACUGGGUAGAUUACAUCGACCCUUCGGUAACAUACGAUGAAUUCUUUACAAAAUAUUUAAUCCCGAAUAAACCAUGUAUCUUUAAAUCAAGCAUAACAGAAAAUUGGUCAUGUAAAAGACAGUGGAACUUGGAUAACGCACCGGACUUUGAUGUUCUUGAUAUAUUGUUUGGAAAUUGCGUGGUACCAGUUGCAGAUUGCAAUAAAAAAUAUUAUAAUUCUCAAUCGAAAGAUGAUAUGCAAAUGAAAGAUUACUUAAAUUAUUGGAUAGAAUAUGCAAAAAGUAAUUAUUCAGAUUCUAUGCCACUUUUGUAUUUAAAAGAUUGGCAUUGUCCAAAAUUAUUCCCUAAUGCUCCAAUGUAUAAUGUCCCUCAAUACUUUGCAUCUGAUUGGCUGAAUGAAUAUUAUAUUGCUAAUCCUGAAUUAAAUGAUGAUUAUAGAUUUGUGUACAUGGGACCAAAAGGGACAUGGACACCAUUGCAUGCAGAUGUAUUUGGAUCUUAUAGUUGGUCUGCAAACAUAGUUGGAAAGAAACGUUGGUUACUGUUUCCUCCAGGUCAAGAAGAUUUUCUAAGAGAUAUUCAUGGAGAAUUAAUAUAUGAUGCAACUUCUGAAGAGCUUAAUGAUUACUCAAAAUAUAAAGCCUAUGAUAAACGGGCAUUAAAGUAUAUUGAUGUGAUUCAAACAGAAGGUGAAAUUAUGUUUGUACCAUCUGGGUGGCAUCAUCAAGUAUGGAACAUAGAAGAUACUAUUUCUAUUAAUCAUAACUGGAUUAAUGGAUGUAAUAUUAUGAAUGUGUGGCAUGGUUUGAAAAAAGAAUUGUCUUCAGUAAUGAAAGAAGUUAAUGAUUGCAAAGAUAUGAAUGAUUGGGCAGAACAAUGUCAACUAAUAUUAAAAUCAACAUAUGGAAUGGACUAUUUUCUAUUUUUUGAUUUCUUAAAAUUUAUAGCUCAAACACGAUUAAACAUGUUUUCACAAAAAGAGGAAGUAAUAAGCUUUAACAAAUAUAAGUUUGGAUCUAAUCAUUGUAUAUUUGAUCUUCAUUCGAUAAAAUUAGUAUUGAUAGAUUUUAUCAGAGAUAUGGAAGAGAAAUCUAUUUAUCAUUUAAUUUGUGAAAAGAAUCAAGGUCAUAAACUGUUAAACAAAAUUUUAUUAGUUUUACAAUCUCAUUAUGAUGUCGAAAAAGUUUCAGUGUGAUGGAAAAAUUAUAGCUAAAUUAAAAUAAAUGACCAAAAAUAUUUCUAUUUUUUAUGUAAAUAGUAUAUAAUAUGUAAAUAAUGUAGAGUAUUAAAUUUUUGUAAUAUAAUUUAAAGAAAGAUUAUAUUUAUCUUACUGCAAGUGUAGAGUAAGAGGAAAACAGAAUGAAUAAAUUUUGUUGUUAAAUUUAAAUUGCAAGUAAUUUAUAAGAAGAUA